CCAGUAAGGAAGACGCUGUCACCUACUGACUCACGUUCUCACUAUCAUGUCAAGGCUGCUGCAGUAACGCCGACAAACUCUGCCCCCCCCGGCCUGACUCCGACAUGGACCCUAGGCUAUGGUUGCUUUGCUUGGCCAUCAUGGUAGCUCGAGCUGUUCCAGUCGGUCGCAACGUGCCCUGCGAGCCGGGGGAGCUGGUGUUUGUCGACUGUAACCUCUGUACCUGCAACCCCCAGGGCUUUCCCAACGCAGUCUGCGCGCGGAUGUGGUGUCAGCCACCCCCCAAGAACAAACCUGUAGAUAAUGAUGUGGCCUCUGCCAGCUGACCAACUGUAGCUUACUACGAUGUACAAGCUUCUGGAAGUAAUUGAACUUGUGUUUACUGUAUUUACUAUCGUUUAAGUACGGAAUAAAGUUUUGUUAUAUUGUGA